AGGCGCGUCACGGCCACAUGGCCUCGCCGCUGCAGUGCGCAGCCUCGCCCGCGACUGCUGGGUGUGAGAUUAUGAUGCAAAAAUAGAGCUUCAGACCCACAAAGGGAGUCUCUGCACGGCGGAGAACAGCUCUGAAUCCGAGUAAUACGGACUAGAGAACAGUUUUGCAGUACUGCACGGACAUUGUACACGUUGCACCGGCCGUGCUGUUCCAGUUCACAACAACCCGAGGAGAGAGGAAGGGGACUCGACAGCUGCACUUUUAUUAUCCUGUAUGUUGAUCUGGAGUCUCUGUGGGGUUCCCUGGAGUGCAGUCCAGCAAGGAUCCACAGAAGGGAAGGUUCUUCAAACGCAGAGCUUCGCGUUCAAUUCCUCAGCCCAAGGAGGGCACAUACUCUCCCACCCACCUCCUGGGGAGCGGGGGUAUUAAAAUAGGUUUCACCAGUUGAAAGACGCCUGCAUUUCUUUUUUUUUUUCUGGAUUUACGUGCUCAGAAGUCUCGGAUCCAAACCCUUUUCCAGCCUGUGUGCGUAACUUCCCAUGCGUUUGGUACUGCCGGUCUUGUAAUCAGUGCUUUGAGGUUAAUUCACAUUAGACUGACUGAACCGGAUCAGCGAUUAGUGUCAGUUCUGUUACACUUCCACAAGGACGUGUUUUUUCAUCAUCAAGAGCUACUAUCAAGAUAAUAAUGUAGAUUUUGUCUUUCCUAGCGGGGUGGGUACACGGAUUUUGCGUCGUUUAUAAAGAAAUGUUACCGUUGGAAUUUCGCGUUCUGCUCGCUGCCACUUCUUGCGCACAUUGGGAUGAACUGACGGCACCGCAUCCCUUCUAGAUGGAUUUGCUACGCUGGAACAAGAAAGAUUUGUAAAACAAAUAAAAUAAAUAAAUACAGCUUCUUGAUUAAGCCUUUAUUUACUAACCGGUUGCGAAAAUUAAGACUGUAGUAUUUAGAGGGGAGGGAUACACUGAUCGGACCCUUGGGCACUGCUUUGGAAGGUUCCCUACUGCUUCCUUGCCUCAGAGACUCUGAAUUGUGGUUUAUUUUUUUAUUUUUUGUUUUUUCUGAAGGCGUGAAGAUGGCUUUUUUCUUCUUCCCGUUCGACAGUCUGAUCUGCGUCCUCCUGGGGAUAUCCUUCACGGUUUGGUUUACUCUGCUCCUGGUUUUUAUAAUCGUCCCCGCCAUCUUCGGGGUCUCCUUGGGCAUCCGCAAAUUGUACAUGAAAACGCUGCUUAAAAUAUUCAAGUGGGCGACUCUCCGGAUAGAGCGCGGAGCCAAAGAAAAGAACCACCUUCUUUAUAAACCCUAUACCAACGGCAUCAUUGCCAAGGAGCCCAUGUCACUGGAGGAGGAGAUCAAGGAGAUCCGGCGCAGUGGCAGCAGCAAGGACUUGAGCAGCCCCGAGUUCGAGAUGAGCGACAUCUUCUACUUCUGCCGCAAGGGAGUGGAGAGCAUCAUGGACGACGAGGUGACCAAGCGCUUCUCCCCGGAGGAGCUCGAGUCCUGGAACCUUCUCACGCGCAGCAACUACAACUUCCAGCACAUCAGCCUGAGGCUCACCGUGCUGUGGGGGCUUGGGCUGCUCAUUCGGUACUGCUUCCUGCUGCCGCUCAGGAUCACUCUGGCAUUUACUGGAGUGGGACUUUUGGUGGUUGGAACUACAAUGGUGGGGAUAUUGCCGAAUGGGAGAUUCAAAAACUUCCUGAGUGAAAAAGUCCACCUGAUGUGCUACCGGAUCUGUGUGCGAGCCCUGACUGCUAUCAUCACCUACCAUGAUAGCGAGAACAAGCCUAAAAACGGAGGGAUUUGCGUUGCGAACCACACCUCCCCCAUCGACGUGAUCAUACUGGCCAGCGACGGCUGCUACGCCAUGGUGGGGCAGGUCCACGGUGGUUUAAUGGGAAUCAUUCAGAGAUCCAUGGUGAAGGCGUGCCCACACAUCUGGUUCGAGCGCUCCGAGGUUAAAGAUCGCAGCCUUGUGGCCAAAAGGUUAAGUGACCACGUGGAGGACAAAACCAAACUGCCCAUCCUGAUAUUCCCAGAAGGGACUUGUAUCAACAACACCUCUGUGAUGAUGUUCAAGAAAGGGAGCUUCGAGAUCGGAACGACAAUGUAUCCAGUAGCCAUUAAGUAUGACCCUCGGUUUGGAGACGCUUUCUGGAACAGCAGCAAGUACGGUAUGGUCAGCUACCUCCUGAGAAUGAUGAGCAGCUGGGCCAUAGUCUGCAGCGUGUGGUACCUGCCCCCCGUCACCAGAGAGGAAGGAGAGGAUGCGGUACAGUUUGCAAACAGAGUCAAGUCUGCAAUCGCCAGGCAAGGCGGUCUGGUGGACUUGCUGUGGGAUGGCGGACUGAAAAGGGAAAAAGUGAAAGACACUUUCAAGGAGGAGCAGCAGAAGCUGUACAGUAAGAUGCUGGUCGGGAAUUCUGAAGACCGCAGCCGAUCUUGAGAACUCCGGGCGGGAGAGGGGGCGGAACUCUGGGAACGCCAGAUUUGGGAACGCUGGCUUUCUUUAAAAGCUGAAGGCAGACAAAACAAUGAGAGCCUGAGCUCUGAGACACUCCUCCUUUUCGACUUGCCUUCCUCACUUAACUAAAAAUAUAUAUAUAUAUAUAUAUAUAUAUAUAUA